AUGCCGUCACAUCACGCCCUUGCCCGAGGGCCUGUCGCUGCGAAUGCGUCUGCUUUGCAGCAGGCGCUUCGUCGGGCCGAUGCUUCCCAAUCAAGGCCGAACACGCAGUCUCUAGCCGUUCGUAGCCUGAGCCAAUCAGGGAAUCUGAGAUACAGCAGAUUAAGGAGUGUUCAGAGCCUCGCUGGGACCAGAUUGGUCAAUUUCAUAUCUGUCGUCGCAAAACCGACGCAAACUCGGAGAGUGACGUCAGCGGUGGCGACGACUGAUGCAUCGACGACGACUGCAGGCGAUAGCUCGGUGGGGACGGCAGUUGAGAAUCUGGUGAUCAUCGGGUCAGGCCCGGCCGGAUACACCGCCGCGAUUUACGCCGCACGGGCGAAUCUGAAGCCGGUGCUGUUCGAGGGCGUGCAGGCCGGCGGAGUUCCCGGAGGGCAGCUUAUGACCACCACGGAGGUCGAGAACUUCCCGGGAUUCCCGGAGGGGAUUACGGGACCCGACCUUAUGAUCAGAAUGAGGCAGCAGGCGGAGCGGUGGGGCGCAGAGUUGCACACCGAAGACGUGGAAUUCGUCGAUCUGCAGACGCGCCCCUUCACAGUGCGCAGCAGCGACCGCGAAGUGCGCUGCCACAGCGUCAUCAUCGCCACGGGCGCCACUGCGCGCCGAUUGGGCCUCCCCAGCGAGAAAGAGUACUGGUCGCGAGGGAUCUCCGCGUGUGCGAUCUGCGACGGCGCGAGCCCGAUUUUCAAGGGCCAGGAGCUGGCUGUGGUGGGCGGGGGGGAUACGGCGGUGGAAGAGGCGCUGUACUUAACUAAGUACGCCAAGCACGUGCAUCUGCUGGUGCGGAGGGACAUUCUGAGAGCCAGCAAGGCUAUGCAAGACCGGGUUUUUAAGAACCCGAACGUGACUGUCCACCUGAACACGAUCCCUGUAGAUGUGGUUGGGAAUGACAAGGGGCAGAUGGCGGGUUUGAACGUGAAAGACGCGCAGACAGGGCAGGAGAGGAUUAUUCCGGUGAAGGGGCUGUUCUAUGGCAUUGGACACAAGCCGAAUAGUGACCUGCUGGCGGGGCAGGUGGAGCUGGAUGGGAGCGGGUAUGUGAUGGUGAAGGACAACGCCGUGGAGACAUCUGUUCCAGGCGUGUUCGCUGCUGGCGACCUCAAGGACCACGAGUGGCGGCAGGCCAUCACAGCAGCAGCGUCGGGGUGCAUGGCAGCGCUGUCAGUGGAGCGAUACCUCACCGCCAACGACCUGCUCAUCGAGUUCCACCAGAAGGAGGUGGAGGUGGUGGAGAAGAAGGAGCUCACAGAGGAGGACGUGGAGGAGAGAUUCGACCCGCUGCUGACGCGCCACAAGGGGCAGUACGCCCUGCGCAAGCUCUACCACGAGUCAUCUCGCCUCAUCGGAGUCAUCUACACGUCGCCCACUUGCGGCCCCUGCAGGACGCUUAAGCCCAUGCUCGCUAAGGUGGUGGAGGAGUUCGAUCGCCAGAUUCACUGGGUGGAGAUUGACAUCGAGGAGGACCCUGAGAUUGCCGAGGCAGCAGGGAUCAUGGGCACGCCUGUGGUUCACUUCUUCAAGAACAAGGAGAAGAUCAAUGAGAUCAAGGGUGUGAAGAUGAAGAGAGUGUACCGGGAAUUCAUCGAGGCAAACAAGUAA